GGAAACAACUUUAAUUUAACUCUGCCAUGUUAUUUUUGUAUUAAAAUGGAUGACAUUGGAAGUUUAGAUGUCAGGUGGAUACAAGGUUUUACAAACAAAUGUAUAGAGUUUGUCGACAACAAGACAGUAUGUUAUACAUGUGGGAGUCAUAUUUGUUUCCUCAACCUGGAGACAAAAAAGCAAAGUGUGCUUCAGAGUCCUGGCAGAGGCAUUGGUGCCUUGACAGCUAAUAGCAAAAAUGGAACUUUUGCUUUCUCUGAAGAAAAGCUAUCCCCGUCUAUAUUUGUGUACUCUUUUCCAGAGUUACAGUUGAAGAAUGAAUUAAAAGGAGCUGCACAAACUGACUACAAAUCUCUGACAUUAAGUGAAAGCGGUCCUUAUUUGGGAUGCUGUUCCUCUUUUCCAGACUACACCAUAACAGUGUGGAACUGGGAAAUUGCUGAGCCACUUUGUACACAACCGCAAGCUGGGCAGGAUGUCAUUUAUUUGGUGUUCAACCCUCUGAAUUGGCUCCAGCUCUGUGCUUUGGGCACUACAACCCUCACUGUCUGGAAUAUUGAGAAGAGUGACAGCUUUCAUGUCCUCAAACCAAGUGUGAUAGAGCUUCCAGCAAAGGAUGGUUCCUUUGUUGAGAGAUUGGUGCCCCCCUCUCAUACUGUCAGUGACAAACUGCCCUAUUUUGGUCUGGAGAUGCCUCCAACAGCCAUCUCAGGGCUCAAGGGAAACAAAGCAGAAAGCAUUGUGACUAAACUGUGCACCAAAGCCAGAGUCACUCCUACUGCCAUCUGCUGGACAGCCACAUCAGAGCUUUAUGUAGGCUGUGAGGAAAGCUUUCUGCUCCUUGUUGACCCAGACAGCCUCUCUGCCUCAGUCCUCUUCAACCCCACAACUGCUGAUGCCACACCUGAACUGAGACAUGGCAACUUUCAAGGUUUAACCCUUGACAAGAAUGGUUUGAUUGCUGUCGGAAAGGAGAGUGUUGUGCACUGUCUGCAAAUCAAAGGGUCUCAAAUCGACAUCACACAUACGUGGCAAUUAGAAGGACCUGUCACAACUGUGAUGUACUCCCCUGACCAUGAGAUAUUACUUUUAUCUUCUAAUACAGGGCAAAUCUAUGUGUUGAACCCAACUGAGUCGGACAACUUUUUGAAGGUCCUGGAUGUUCUCUGCGGAAACUUUGUGGCUGCGCAUUUGUCACACACUGGCAAGAACAUUUGUGUGUCGGUGAGAGACUCUGGAGAACUGCAGCUGUGGUCUGCAGAUGGCACUAUCCUCGGUUCUCUGUCCCUUCAAACUGAGGUAACAAGCAUGGCCUGCUGUCCUAUUGCGCAUUAUGCAGCUGUUGGAACAGCUUCAGGAAAUGUCCUCUUCAUUGACCUGAACAUGGAGCAUCAGCCUCGCCUGGUGCACCAGGUUCAUCUGUACCCUACUCCUGUGGAUCACCUAGUUUUUGAUCAAGAGGGGCACUACCUUCUUACCACUGCCUCAGAUUCACACAUCUAUGUACUUGAUGCAAAACCAUCAAAUAGAUUUUCAGUCAUAGGAUACACAGUUGUUCCUGGACCCAUUUUGUCACUUUCCACUCAGUGCGUCAGAGAUUGUGAGCAGGUGAAGGUUCUUGCACUGUGCAAUGGACAGGAGCUCACAGUGUUCUCUCUGCCAGCCAAGAACCUUGCAGGUCCAGAUUGUUUAGACCGGCAUGGUUGUCUAUCCGCUCACAUCCUCAAAGUAUCCCGAUACGAAGUGCCCCAUCCUCUUGAUUCCUGUGUUCUGGGAGUCAGUGAGGUCUUUGCUAACUGCCGCGAGAAGAAAACUCUUCAGCGAUUUCAACUUCCACAGGACACAGAGAGUCUCUCCAGUCAACAGGUGGUCCAGCUUGAACCAGAGCAGGAAGUGGGGGGCCACCCUCUGGGCCCCGCCUCUCUCGCUUUGUCUCCUCACCAGCUGUGGCUGGCUUCUGUGGGCCGAGAUGGCCUCCUACGCAUCAGAGAAACUGCUAACAUGGAGCAGUGCCUUGAACUGCAAAGUCACUCAAGGCAUCUGGGUGGAGUUCAGAGCGUGUCCUUCUCUGCUGACAGCCAGACUCUCCUCACUGCGGGCUUUAGAGACGGCUCCCUCCUGUGCACCGAUCUCAGGUUUAAAGGUGUGGACGCUGAUAAGGUGAAUAGAGCUGCUCAGUACAGUCAGUCUUUGGAUAAUUUCUUGAAAAAUAUAUUCAGAACAGAGAAUCGCAUCCUCAUCAACAUGCCUGAGUGGGGUCAAGGGUUUCGCACUGGUGCUGAAAAAACAGAGGAAAGUGAGGUCAGUGGUGGGGUAGAUGCUUUGGAUGUGACGGAGCAGGAUGAGAGUUAUAGCAGCCUGCUGUCUGCUCCACCUUCACACCCCACCUGGCUGGAAAGCAGGCGAGAAGCGGUUAUAAAAGAUGACAAUGAGCAAUAUUCUGAGGCAAAGAGCAACAUGAAGAAAACUUUCAAAGAGUUACGUGACAAUAUCCAGGAGAUGAUGCGUGAAAAUGAAAACCUCCCGGAUCUCGAGCGUUUGCCACAAAAGGAGUUCAACCUGUUUACAGAGGAGCAGAAGAGACUGGGGGCCAUGGUGGAGCAGGAAGUUAAACGGGUGAGGAAUGAAGUCGAAUGGGAGAUUCUAGCAAACUGUUACCUCCGUGAUGUUCUGAAGAGAGAAUGCUGGGAUUCAAUGAAGGUCAAAGGCAAAGCCAUUAAGGCCUUUUACUCUGAACAUGAGGUGAAGAACUACCCUCUGAGAGAGCGGACAGAGAAAGAGGUGGAGGACCUGCUCAGGGUGGAGAACAUCAGGAAGCUUGAAAAGGCUGCUUGCACUCAGAGCAGCCUGAAGAAGAGCUCCGACACAACCAGCCCGAAGGAGGGAGAGCCGGGGAAAGAAAGCCUCGAGGCAGAGACUCCUGUCGUAACGGGAAGCUUCUCCGCUCAGUUAGGAUAUUCAAAUCCGUACAUCUACGAUCAGUUCCGCCUGCAAACCACAGAGCAGAGGAUCAACCAGAUCAUUCUGCUACAGGACGUGAUUUAUCGCAUCAAGACGGCUUUCAACACGGACUUUGAGGCCGUGCACAGGCAGAAGGUGCAGGAGCUGAACCGAGUGAAGGACAGGAACACGAACAUCAGGGACAUCACGCUGGAGUUGGACCUGAAGGACACGCUGUGGGAGCCCAGCCUGACCAGCAGCGAGCGGCCGGAGGGGCUGCUCACCGUGGACGACUCCGAGAUAAAAGCAGAAAGGUACCUCACCCCAGAACAGAAAAAGGAGAAGGAGAAGAAGAAGUUGGAAGAGCAAAAACGUUUGGCUGCCAAAGACGAUAAUGACAAAGACAGAGCUCUCGAUGACAUGAUGGAGGGAGUGCUGGAAGUCAAAAAGGAGGACAUCUUGAAAAUAGAAAUACCUCCGCCUGAGUUUGUUUUGACCAAACCCGAAAUCCAAUGGAAUGAGGAGGAGAAAAAAGUCUAUAAAGACUAUGAGAAGAAAACCAAAGAACUGACUGAGGAGAAGGAGAAAUACAAAAAGUCAUUGGAAACUGAAAUGAAAAAACUGCAGGCAUCCAACAAGGAAGCGACCGAAAGGUUUGAUGAAACUUUGACAAAGUUGUUUGAGAAGAAAGUAAAAUGUGAAAUGGCUAUAUAUCAGGAAGAGCUCAAGAAUACUUAUCUGGUUUAUUCGGUCCUCAUAGAAGACGAAAUGAGAAAUCGAGAGCUGGAGCUCAAGCUCAAACUUGAAAAAACUUUGGCGCACAAGGAUGAGCUUGUGGAGGAGGUAAAGAGACAUGAGGAAGACGUAGAAUUGUUUCAGGAGUCUUAUGAAAGCGUUGUAGCUGAGGAUAAAGUUCUUGACAAAGAAUUCAGUAAAGAGUUCUUCGAUGUACCGAACCAUGUGGUUGACCUUUUAUACAAGUUAUUCAAGCGUAGACCCAGGGUUCAAAAGAUGAGGACAGAGACCGACAACAACUUGAGUUUGUUCAAAGAGCAGCGUCUCUGCGGCUCUAUGGCUCCAGAUGCACUCGGCAAAAUGCUGAAGGCCAUGGAGGAGCUGGAUGCUCCGGAGAAUAUUCCAGAAGCCGUGAGCCAACCAGUCUGGGAGAGGUUCUGCCUUGUCCGCAACACAAAAGUAAAAAGUGAGCACAAGGUAAAAGUAAAAGCUUUUACUUUCGCCGAGAUGCAGGCGUUCCUUCACAAGAGGAGAUAUGAGGUUCACGCCACUCAACAGGAAAUCAAAAAUCUAUCCGAAGGACUGGAAAGUCUGCAUGAGGAGAAGAACCGCUCCCUGACGGACAUCAUGGUGCAGGUGCUGCUCAAACAGGGCCAGGUGGAGGUGUACACCACAGAGCUGACCCCCGACUACACCGACUGUGUGCAUCUCCACAGGACCGUAGUGGAGGACCUCAACAGAACCAUCAGGACACUGGGAGAUCAGAAGAUUGCCUCCAUGGUGGAGUGUAAAGAUUUCCGUAAGGGGAUCAUCAGGCAGCAGUGGGAGCACAGGAUGUUGACGAUGCAGAUAGAAGACUUCAACAACAAGGCGAGAGACGUCCAGAUGUUACGGCUUUCUGAGGAGCAACAGGACUAUCUCAACAAGACAGAUCAUGGCAGUCGUGUGUCGCACCAGGUUCUUAUUCUGGAAAAAACUGUAGCUUUCCAGGAAAAGACUCAUCGCCAGAGUGUGCAGCAUCGCAUAAAAAAGAUUGAACAGCUUAAAAGGCAGGCAAAAAUGAAAGCUGAGAAGAACACAACUGUAGAAGAGAAGCUACCCAAUAUGCAGGUGACGAUGGCAGAGACGAGCCACAUCUACGGAGGACUAGUUUCAGAGGCAAACCUGGCAGCUAGAGAACAGAAGCGCUACCAGGAAAUCGUUCAGAGGAAGAACUUGGAGGAGUUUGCCCGAGCGCAGGGGGAGGAGCUGGCGUUCCUCUGGGCCGAGGUCGAGCGUUUGAGGAUGAAGAGCUUUCCUUCACUUGAUCAGCUGAAACACAACUGAGCGGAGCCUUCUCUUUAACAAAUAAUAAUUUUAUUUACACUUCUCUUAGCAACUUA